CACUCUACCUGUCGGGGUGUAGCUCUCCGCUGCUUCGGGUUUUGCCUUUUUUCCAGGGACAAGGCCUCCCCAGCAGAAGGCAUACCUGACUGGCUGGUCCCAAGAGGUUAGCCACUCCAGGGUAGCCCUUUAAGUUACUCCGCCCUUCCUUACUGCGGCGACUGGCGUUCCCGAGGAAACCCCGUGGUGUGAAAUGCCGACGCGACCGGAGCAGGCUGGUCAUGAUAAUGCAGCAUUUGGGAUCGAAGAUGGAGAUUCCGAGCAACAGCUCCUCGGCCCCCAGGCGUCCAAAGAGUCUCCCAGCAGCAGAGAGGGGGCACAGGCUUGGUGGGCAUCGUACACCUGCAGCCGCUGGAUGCAGGCCAGUCACACGAUCGAGUCCGGAAGACCCACAGGAGAAUCCACAGUGAGCAAGUACCAGGGCCUAGCUCAGGAUGACAGCGACGUUACAGACGGCUUGGGCAAAAAUCCGAACAGAAAACUGCUGGACUACUUCAGAGCGAUUGGGGCCAGUAACCAGGAAAGCGAUGAGGUGGAUCUUCAGUACCUGAGUGAUGUAAUUGCAGAGGGAGCGGAUCCAAAAUCUACCGACAAAUAUGGACAGACGUGCUUGCAUGAGAUCUCGCGGGCCUGGAACGUGGAUGUGAUGCGCUUCUUCCUGGAGAAGGGAGCUGAUAUCCAGCAGGCGGACGCCUACGGAGUGACUCCUCUCCACGUGGCCGCAGCCCUGGACUAUAAGGAAAUGAUCUGCUUCCUGCUGGGGAUGCGAGCUGACCUUGGGGCUCGGACCUCCACAGAUCUGCAGACGGCGCUACACUUCGCCGCUAAGAACGAUGCCACCACUGCCAUCGGGCUUCUGGUGCAGCACGGGGCCGACGUUGCCGCCCGCGACUACAAGCAGAGAACGCCGCUGCAGCUGGCGGCUAACCGCGGCCGCAGCGAAGCCGCGCACGUCCUACUAGAGCUUGGGGCGGACGCCGGUGUGCAGGACUCUGACGGACAGCUCUGCAUCUCCGCUAUGAUUGAGCAGAUGGCUCCCGUGGCCCACUUGGCACUCAACCAGUUCCACUUGACAGACCGGACAACUCGACAGCAGUUUUAUUACCUGCACCUGCUGGAACCAGAACCGGCCCGGAAAGGGAGCUCGUGUGACUCAGACGGGAGGAUUGUGAAUGAACCGAUGCCACCGUUGGAGUUAAUCGUGCAGAAUGGGAAGCUGGACCUGAUCAUGCAUCCGGUGGUGCUGAAGUUGAUCACAGUGAAGUGGAACCUGUACGGCAGAACUGGUGCCUGGAUACUGUUGAUUUUAAAUUUCCUCUUCAUCGUUUCCUGGACAACGGUUGCCAUUUCAGUGUCCGUGGUCCGAGAUGAGGAGCAUCCUUAUGUUUUCCCUGAGGACUGGUGGAGGGUCCUGGUGGUGAUUCUCGCCCUGGGGCUCACUGUCGCGGAGGUCUCCCGGGAGGUGGCCGAGCUGACUCGCUCCCACAGGAAGCUGCGGAGGUGGCGCGGCUGGCUCCAACGGCGCAUCCAUGACGACCUGCGCCGUGUGCAUCCCAUGUGGCCCCAGGAGCAGCACUUCCUGGAGAAGCAAAUUGAAUUUGUCAGGAAAAUGAAGCCAGACUACUACCGAGAUCUCUGGAAUGUAUUUGAUUGGCUGGUGUACGUGCUGCUAACGGCGGUCUUCGGAAUCCAUGUGGCCGACAUCCUCAUUGUCGAGAGCGCGCUGCGAGAGUACAGCCUCCGCCUCUUCGCCGUGACCAUCAUCUUCCUCUGGCUACGGCUGAUGAAACAUGUCCGGGCUUUUAGGGAAAUGGGCCCAUUCAUCGUGAUGCUUGGCAACAUCGUCGGUGACGUCCUCCGGUUCCUCUUCUUGUACGUGGAAAUCUUCAUUCCCUAUGCCUGUGCCUUCUGGAUCAUAUUCGGAGGCAUGGAGGCUGUGCCCAGCAUGCAGACAGUCCCCCAGCUGCUAUACAGUCUGUACCGCAUCACACUGGUGGACGAGUAUGAGUUUGACGCCAUGGUUGCCAUGGACGCGAUGAUGGCCUACCUGCUCUGCGGAACCUUCCUUGGUCUGUCGGCUAUACUCUGCGUCAACCUGCUCAUUGCACUCCUGUCCGACACCUUCCAAAGGUAUGGCGUCGUGAGGCGUGGGUGUGCUGCUUCCUUCCAGGUGGCGUGCUUCACGAGUGUCCCCCCUCCCAGGGUGUAUGAGAAUGCUCAGGCCAACGGCGUUAUGCAGCAGGCUGCCGUCAUCCUGCAGGUGGAGCAGUCCAUGCCCAGUCUGAGAGCCCUCUGCGACGACCGCUACGUCCAGCGCCGCUGCGCGCCCCUCGGCGAGUUCUGCGCCGAGCACUUUGUCACUGAUCCUGAACGGCAUGAAGAGACGAGGAAGAUAGCCGUGGGGGUCAAGGAGACUCUGGAUGAGCUCCUGAAGAUUAACAGGCACAUGUCCCCGCUGGACCCGAAGGAAGGGGGUGACAGGAAGGGAAGACCCAGUUCGGUGCUGCUAAACGAGGGGCAGUGGCUGAGUACUCUCCAGCAUCUGGAGAUGGGCCAGAACCAGCUGAGCCAGGACCUAAGCGCACUGAAGAAGGACAUGAAGGAGCUGCAAGUUCUAUUACAGAACCUGAUACAGUCCAGCUCCAGGCUAUGUGUAAAGAAUGAGACCACAGAGGAUGCCGGUGAAGGAAGCCCCCCCUCACCACGCCUCAAUAAACCGGUACCCAGCAAACCAGCAGGCAACACAGACUGUGCACCAAGACAUCAGAGACUCUGAGAGCUCCCAGGGUGCAUUGGGUUCCCACCUGGUACUGACCUGGAGUGUACCAUGUGACACUGAGAAUAGUCAUGUGGUCUAUUUCCUGGGGCACAUCAGGCCCAUUAGCCUUCCAGCUCCUGAUACCCUGCUAGAGGGACCAGUAAAACAACUUUAUUGAUGUAUCAAUCUUGUUAUGGUCAAAAAUUAAAUAUAAUGUGUAUUUAUUAUAA